UUCGCCCAUUUAUUGUGCAGGACUUAUGAUUUCCUGCUUUUUGAAUUGUAGUAUCAGCCCUCUGGAUUCAGGAUGCUAUAAAUGAAACGAACGCGUCAUAUCGUUAUUAGAGCAACGGAGUUUGCGAACAAACCAUCACUGUCAGUGUUUUUUUAUAAUUAUUAUUAUUUUAUCACAGGUACUUAGAAACAAGCAAUAAGCUUACAACUCAGAGCCGAUCAUUGGUAUAGACGACAUAGGCAGCCAUGAAGAGGGGGACGCCAAUAAUAUGCCAAGCCUUAAAAUGCAUGUUAAAUCGAACGAACGCUGCGAUCAACACCAAUAUGCACCCCCCUGUACCGUACUACUGUCGUCGGGCGGGGUCAAGCUUGCCCAGGGCACCAAAUGCGCUCGGACCGGUACAGCCGACAGCUAUCGUUGAUUCACAGGAGGUAAAAUUUACAGAUGGCCCGUUUUACGAGAAACAUUUUGACAGCAGGGAAUACUUAAAGGCCUUUGCCGUAGAUCCGAGCACCCGCCAUGGAUUUUUGCCUUUCGUGCUUCGCCACCUGCACAAUACAUUUUCUACAGGAGAUCUCAAGGGCAAAAAGCUGAUUGGUUUAGGGAGUGGACCUUCAAUCUAUAUCAUAAUAAGUGCAAGAAAAUGCUUUGAAGAAAUAGUGCUGUCCGACUUCACCACCGGAAAUCGCAGAGAGAUCGAGAAGUGGCUGAAAAACGACGAAGGCAGUUUCGACUGGCAUCCCAUCAUCAAGUUCGUCUGUGAGCUAGAAGGCAAAAGCAGGUCACCAGAAGAGGUGGAACAGAAGCUUAGGAAGAUUGUGCAGUUCCUGAAAUGUGACGUUACACUGGAGAACCCUUUCCAACCUGAGAUGAUGGAACCGGUGGACUGCAUAACGUCUAGUCUUUGUCUGGAGGCGGCCUGCAAGGAUCUGGAAACAUACCGUCGUGCUGUUGGGAGUAUAGCGGCACUCCUCAAACCUGGGGGUACACUGAUGCUCACCGGUAUUCUCAAUCAGUCAUACUACUUUGUGGGGAAGCAGAGAUUUGAUUGCCUGGUUCUUACCCAGAGCAUGGUUGAAGAGACCGUAAAGGGACAGGGCUUCUCCAUUAAGUUGGUCGACAUCCAGCCUGCAACAGAAGAAGAAAAGGCGGGUUGUGAUGGUGACCCCUUUUUUUAUCUGGUUGCCCAGAAAACAGAGUAGGACUUAGUAGCAUUGAGGACUCGCUGACUUUGAAAACAUUUUUAAAGAUAUUUGUACACAUUUACACAAGGGCAGCUUGUGGCUUUGUGGCUAAGGUGACUGGGACCCAGAAGGUUGUUGGUUCAAUCCCUAGUGUAGCCACGAUAAUCUGUAUGGCUGUUGGGCCCUUGAGCAAGGCCCUUAACCCCACAUUGCUCCAGGGGGAUUGUGCCCUGCUUAUUCUAAUCAACUGUAUUGUACAAUUGAAAAUUGAUUAAUCAUAUUAAAAGUUACAGCAUUCACCUACA